AUGGACGCGCUGAGCCGGGCCGGGCCGCGGUCCCGCCGCGCCGCCGCCGCCGCCUCCCCGCUGCCCUGGGGCCGCUUCGCCGCCUGGAUCGACUGCGUGUGUGUGGUGACCUUCGACCUGGAGCUGGGACAGGCCAUGGAGCUGGUGUAUCCCCACGACUUCAGGCUCACCGAGAAGGAGAAAACGAGCAUCUGCUACCUGUCCUUCCCAGACUCCUACUCAGGUGGCCUCGGGGACACCCAGUUCAGCUUCCGGCUGCGCCAGGCCGGGGGUUCCCGGAAUUCCCCGUUCCAGGAUGACGGGAGGUACAACCGGGAGGCCCCGCUGACGCUGCAGCGAGAGGCUGCUCACUAUUUUGGGUACGUGUACUUCCGGCAGGUCAAGGACAGCUCCAUGAGGAGGGGCUACUUCCAGAAGUCCUUGGUGCUCGUGUCCCGCCUUCCCUACGUGAACCUGUUCCAGUGCCUGCUGCAGCUGAUUGCUCCGGAAUACUUUGACAAGCUGGAGCCCUGCCUGGAGGCAGUGUGCAACGAGAUCGACCAGUGGCCACCCCCGGUGCCCGGCCAGACCCUGAACCUGCCCGUGAUGGGAGUGGUCAUCCAGGUGAGGAUCCCAUCCCGGGUGGACAAGCCAGGCUCCAGCCCAGUGAAGCAGUGCAACCAGGAGAAUCUGUUACCAGCCCCCCUGGUUCUCCCCAGUGUUCAUGAGCUGGAUCUGUUCAGGUGCUUCCAGCCUGUGCUGAUCCACAUCCAGAUGCUCUGGGAGCUGAUGCUGCUGGGGGAGCCCAUGGUGGUGAUGGCACCGUCCCCAACCAUGUCCUCAGAGAUGGUCCUGGCCCUCACCAGCUGCCUGGCCCCGCUGCGUUACUGCUGCGACUUCCGGCCCUACUUCACCAUCCACGACAGCGAGUUCAAGGAAUACACCACGCGCACCCAGGCCCCGCCCAACAUCGUCGUGGGUGUCACCAACCCCUUCUUCAUCAAGACCCUGCAGCACUGGCCGCACAUCCUGCGGGUGGGCGAGCCCCGCAUGUCAGGAGACCUGCCCAAGCAGGUGAAGGUGAAGAAAUUGGCCAAGCUGAAGACCCUGGACACCAAACCAGGAAUCUACACUUCCUAUAAAACAUUCCUUCACAAAGACAAAACCCUGAUAAAAAGGCUACUAAAGGGCAUCCAGCGGAAGCGCCCCUCGGAGGUGCAGAGCGCUCUGCUGAGGAGGCACCUCCUGGAGCUCACCCAGAGCUUCAUCAUCCCUCUGGAGCAUUACAUGGCCAGCCUGAUGCCUCUGCAGAGGGCCAUCACUCCAUGGAAGAAUCCGCCCCAGAUCCGCCCCUUCUGCCAGGAGGAUUUCAUGAAGAGCCUGGAGCACGCCGGCCCCCAGCUCACCUGUGUGCUCAAGGGGGACUGGCUGGGGCUCUACAGGCGAUUCUUCAAGUCCCCCAAUUUCGACGGCUGGUUCCGGCAGCGGCACCGCGAGAUGACCCAGAAGCUCGAGGCCCUGCACCUGGAGGCCAUCUGUGAGGCGGACAUUGUGGCCUGGAUGAAGGACAAGUCUGAGGUGGAGAUCGUGGACCUGGUGCUGAAGCUUCGGGAGAAGCUGGUGAGGGCUCGGUGCCAGCACCUGCCCGUGAAGGAGGAGACCCUGCAGAGGGUGAGUCUCUACAUCGACACCAUCAUCGGCUCGCUGCCCGAGGACCUCCAGGCUGUGCUGCACCACCCCUGAGCCCGGGGGGCUCCUGGAGCCGGAGACCCUUCCCAGCCUGUCCCAGCCUGUCCCAGCCGCUGGGGCAGCUCCUGCCUGGGAUCACCCGGGGGCACUGGGAGCGCUGCUCCCGGAGCUGGGCUGGGGCUGUCCCUGUGGAACUGGCCCCUGGGUGCCACCGGCAGGGCAGGAGGGACCCCAGGGCUCCGGGCGUGCGGGGCCCGCCCGGACACUUCAUCCUUGUCCGUGCUCGGAUCCUCGGCGUUCCCGCAGCCCCAUCCCGCCCGGGAGAAGCGGGAGCGGCCCUGCAGGGGGCUGUGCUCAGGGCAGCUCCUGAGGACGGUGAGGAGGUGACAAAACCAUCCCUGCCCCUGGACAGCCGGUGGGAGCAGGAGGAGGAAUUGCUGGACGUGGACAAUUGCUGCUCUGUUUCUCCAGGGCAGAGCCAGAGGAGGGGCUGGAGCAUCCGCAGGGAUCAGAGCUCCCCGGAGUGCCUGGGAAUGGCUGCUGGGAGGAGCUGGCCCCAAAUCCCAUUUAUUCUGCUUGAGAACCCAGCCUGAGCUCCAGGGACACAGCGGGGCUGGGGCUCUGCCCGAGGCACUGGGAGAGCUGCUGCCAGCCCCUUCCCAAUAAAACCUGGACAAGCUGA